GAGCUGCUCAGAGCGAAGGAGGAGACCAGAAGUCAAAGCUGAAACAUGAAGAAGCUGAAGUUCUGCUCGGAAACAUGAAGAACAAACUCAAGUUCUGUUUGGAAACAUGAAGAACAAACUCUGACUCCUGCAGCUGGAUUAAAGUCGGUUCUCCUGCAGGAACAUGGCUGAACCUCUGCUGAAGAGAACAUUCUCCAGGCUGAGAGGAAAAGACCGGACACGAAGAAAGACCGACCCCAAACUGAGCGACGGUCCGGUCCGGUCCGACUCAGUCUUCCAGACUUCUUCUUCACCAUCAUCGCCUUUAUUGAUGACCACGUCUAGGACGCUGCAUGUUGUCGACCCCGACUCGCCACCUCGUAACCACAUCACGGUUGCCAAGAAGCAGCAGUGGGCGCGGCAGGGCUCUGUAGCUCCACCCUCCUCCCUACCACCGAGCUCCACCUCCAGACUCUCAGACCACGAGCGACUGCAAGCAAUAUCCCAAGACGCACCUGGACAGGUGUGGAGCCAGAGACCAGCACAGCAGCAGACUCCUCAGUACGGAGACCGGACGAGCUCUGCCUGUGUUUCCAUCAGUGCAGCCCAGCAGGAGUCCUCCCUGCCAGCACUCGGCUCCACUGAAGCUCCCUCCACCUCUGUCAGCACCAAGCUGUCGGGCCAGCGGGCCUACCUGCAGAGCCUGGACCGCAGCAGCCGGGCCUGGGUGCUGUCUUCAGGAAAGUCCCAGGCGUCGGACGAAGUGUUCGGACCUCAGGACGACAGCGGCAGCAACAUCUGGUACAACCCCAUCCCUGAGGAGGACGACGCCGCCGGACCUCGCAGGGACGAGGACGUCUGGAGGAGGAGGGACGAGCGGGAGGGGCCUGGUGGAGUGUGGGCAGCAGAUGUUCAACUGGAGGUGACCAAUCCAAGUGUUAGCCACCAUGUUGAUGACAUCAGAGCGGAAUGUACAGACUCCCCUCCCUCUGACGCUAGCCCCGCCUCCCAGAAGAAAGGGGGUGUGUCCGGUAGUGUGAUUGACAGGCUGAGGUCUCCAGGUACGGUGAGGAAACUCUCCAUGAAGAUGAAGAAACUUCCUGAGCUACGACGCAAACUCAGCCUCCGCUCAUCAUCUCGCGCUCAUCGCCACGGUAACGAUGGUAGAGGGGGUGGGGACGAGGCGACCAAUAAGAGUGCUGCGUCAGCGCUGUCCAACCAGAACGUGAUUAGCAGAUACCACCUGGAUAGCUCUGCCCCUCCAGCCCGACCACUGCGACGAUCAUCCAGAGGACGCUCAGCCAGUAAAGGAGGGUAUCUCAGUGAUGGUGACUCCCCUGAGUUGUUGCCACGGCAACAGGCGCCUCAGCCACCCCAGGAGGCAGCAUGUGACAUCAGCUCGUUCCGGCUGUACGUUGGUUCCGACCCGCCGAGAUGCAGCCAGAGAGUGACGGGUUUACUGACCAUCCACCUGUUGGGCCUGGAGGAGAUGAAGAGCAGCAGGUCGGAGGGCAAUAAGGAGGUCUUCCUGGCCAUCCAGGUGGACGGAGUGACGAGAGCGAGGACCGCCCUCCUGACGCUGCGAGGCUCCGCCCUCUCCUUAAACCACACCUUCCACCUGGAGCUGGAGCGAGCCCGGCAGCUGCGCAUUGUGAUCCUGACACCAGCCAGUCCACCAGCACCAGGAACCAGUAAACCAGCAGCAGACCAUAGCCCCCCUUCAGGUGGUCCAACCAGGAACAGAGUCUGCUGUCUGGGUGGAGUCUCCAUCCCGCCGCUCUUUAAAGGAAGUCGCAGUCAGCAGCUCUGUGUGAAGCUGGAACCCAGAGGACUUCUGUACGUCAAGCUGUCUCUGCAGGAAAAGUGGGACACUCAGCCCAGCGCUGAUUCUUCUACGCCUGCCAAUGUGUUUGGAGUGGAACUGCACCACCUGGUGGAGAAAGAAGAAUCUGCAUCUCCGGUACCCCUGCUGAUCCAAAAGACUGUGGCAGAGAUAGAACGGCGAGGCCUGAAGGUGGUGGGUCUGUACAGACUUUGUGGUUCUGCUGCAGUGAAGAAGGAGCUCCGGGAUUGGUUCGAGAGGAACAGUUCUGCAGUGUGUCUGUCUGAGGACCUCUACCCUGACAUCAACGUCAUCACAGGUAUCCUGAAGGACUACCUGCGGGAGCUGCCAUCCCCCCUCAUCACCAGAACUCUGUACCAGGUGGUCAGAGAGGCCAUGAAGCUACAACCUCCACCUGCAGCACCUGCAGCACCGGACCCUCAACUGUCCUGGAGCACCGUGGAGCUGCUGGGCUGCCUGCCGCCUCCAGAGAGGGCCACCCUGUCGCUGCUCCUCGACCACCUCAGCCUCGUGGCGUCCUUCAGCCCAUCCAACAGGAUGACCCACCAGAACCUGGCGGUCUGCUUCGGUCCGGUUCUGCUGACGCCGACGCAGGAGGCCUGGAGGGGGGGAGGAGGGGGGAGGGCAGGGCGAGGCGCAGGGAAAGGCUUUGGUCACGGCGAGGACAUCGUGAGCGCCGUGGACUUUAAGCGGCAUAUCGAGGCGCUGCACUACCUGCUGCAGCUGUGGCCAGUGCCUACCCAUCGAGUCCAGGCGGACGACCACCCUGACGCCUCCCCUCCUCCCUCCCCCGCCCUCACCCACAAUCCCCCAGGGCAGCGUCCCAUCCUGCGACUGGCCCUGCCCGCUGAGGAGGAGGUGGUGGUAUCGCGGCGGGGGCGGGGCGGUCCGACCCGGUUGGAGAGCCCACCGCCCAUCAAUCGGUACGCUGGAGACUGGAGCGUCUGUGGACAAGACCUGCUGUCGGGGCAGGAUGCCGACUACGACGAGGUGGCAGGAAGUGACAGCGACACAGGUAGUAGAGAUGAAGAAGAGGAUGAGGAGAAGAAGGGGGCGUGGUCAGGAGCCACAGGAGGCGGAGCUCUGUAUGUGGACGAGUUCCUGGACUUUGAUGCUCCGUUCAACUGUCGACUCAGUCUGAAGGACUUCGACACUCUGAUCCACGAUCUGGACCGAGAGCUGGCAAAGCAGAUCAACAUCUGUCUGUAGAGGACGACGAGGACGAAGAUGAAGGAGGAUGGAGUUCAGGUCGCCUGAGGUUGUCUCAGCUGAGCUCCACACUCCGCUGAAGGUUCUCACCAUAGCGGAAUAAAUACAAUAAGAGAAUGUUGCUGCAGACCUCAGAUCAGCUGUUGACCUCUCAGCAGCAGAGGAAGCAGCGAAGCAACUUUCCCUGGAGACAAGCAGCGUUGCCUCUAUGAGGAAUUUGUUUCUCUUCACAAUUCACCCCCGAAACGUUUUUCACAAACGUGAGAAAACCUUCAGAUAGAAGCUGGACGUUUUUUAUUUUUACAGUUUCAGGACUUUCUAAAAGUGAAGUUUGAACAUUUAAUGUAUUUAACAGGAAACGUUCUGAUUGUCAUAAAACAAGAACGUUUUAAAACUCGUAAAGUGAAACUCUAGAAAAGAAGAUUAGUUUUAUUGUCACUCCUUUUUGUUCAUGAGAUUAAAAGAUUAAAUGAAAAUGAUCCAGUUAAAACAAUAAUAGUAUAAACAGUUUUCGAAAGAACCCGAUUAAAAAUAUAAUUUAUCAAAACAUAAUAUAAAACACGAAAUUGAAUUUUUUAUUUGGUUUCAUUUUUUAAAAUUAGGAGUAUAAAACCUGCGAUCUAAUGCACGAGUCCUGUGACUGAUGUUAACGACGGCAUUAUGAGAUUCACAAGAAAACAUUUAUUUAAAAUCCUGAUAAAAAAUAUUUUAUUGUCUCAUCCUGAAGGGAAAGUUCAAUAUAAUAAAAAGAACAUUUUACAGCAGCUUUGAGAAACCUUCAUUUAAUUUAUUGGUGCUGAUCGGUUGUGAUCAGAUAUCUGCUGAAGCAUCAUCAUCAUCUCGUUAAAGGGAAAAAGUGUCUUAAGAGAAACAAUUAUUUUUAUCAUCAGGAACUUUCUCAUCAGUCACAUUUUAUUAUAAAACUACAGAAGUCCUGACAGCAAACACUUCAGAACCGUUCUUACAUUCGUGUCCGUGUUCUCGUUGGAAUCUACUAAAAGAAGAAACCAACAAACGUGAUUAAAGUCCUUCACGUACAUUAGAGUCGCCUCCUGAACAGAAACGUAUCUGAAGGUUUUCUCAGUUACAUUCACACAGCUUCUGGACGAAGAGGUUCUGAAACAGCAGAACCACAAACGUCCGACUGUUUGGGAUGAAAUCAGUAGAAGAAAGUGUGUCGAUGCUUCCUGAUGAACUCAGAACAAACCGUUUAAUUUAUUUGUCUGAUCCAAAGGGAGCUGCAGCUCUGAAGUAGGAACUUCAUGAAGGAGGGACGAGCUCUGCAAGGCGUUGCUGCAGGAACCACAACCUCAGAGGUUCUCCACGGUUCCUGUCCCAACAGCAACCCUGCAGGCUCACAGUGAAGGAACUGAGUUCUGGGUAUCAGGGUCGGAUCACAGAGGAUCCGGUGGGUCCUGGUGGAUCCUUAGUUACAGCGGGUCAUUGUGUGUCCAUGAAGGAGCUUCGAGAUCUCUGAAGAUCUUGUUGGACCUCAGUGGGUUUUGGUGGAUCCUGGUUGAUCUCUUGUCAGACUGUUUGCACUCUUGAAGCCAUAUUUUCACUUGUUGAAACUUUAAGUUGAAGUGAACAAGCUGCAGCUCUGCUGAACCUGCCUGCAGUCCUGGUCCUGGUCCUGGUUCUGUCCCAGUCCUGGCACUGGUCCUGGUCCUGGUCCUGGUCCUGGUCCUGUCCUGGUCCUGGUCCUGUCCUGGUCCUAGUCCUGGUUGUGGCAGAGUGAUGUGAGCUACAGUAUAUUUCAGUGUUUGUCGGUACAGAGCUGUGAGCAUUCUGAAGAUGUUCUGACGAUGUUCUGAAGAGGUUCUGACGAUGUUCUGAAGAUGUUCUGAAGAUGUUCUGACAGUGUUAUUUGAUUUGCACAGAUUCUAUAAGCACUUAUGUUCCUCUGACGUUUCUAUGAUGUAUCCAAAGUGUUGAAGCACAGAGUUCCUGUUGAAGCGAGCACAGCGUCUGUCGUAUUAGCAGCAGAUAAUAAACACAGUAUUAACUCCAGGA